AUGCAGCGCUAUGAAGAAGACCUUGAUGAAGAAGCUGGGUAUGAUGACUACUACACCGAUGAUGAUGGAUUAGAGCAAGAUGAGUAUGAGGACGAGGAAGAAGAAGACGACGAUGAAAGGCCACCCUCAAAGGAAGAAAUGGAAUAUCUUGAGUUACGCCAAAAGUUGAAGGAUUCAUACAGGAAGAACAUGGGCAAAGGAAGUGCUAAUGCUCAAUCUUCUCAAGAGAGAAGAAGAAAACUCCCUUGUAACGAUUUUGGUUCCUUCUUUGGUCCUUCACGGCCUGUGAUUUCGUCUAGGGUUAUUCAAGAGAGCAAGUCCUUGCUAGAAAACGAGAUACGAACAGCGAGAACACCGAGCUCAUCGAACCAAAUGAAGAAGAGACCGCUUCCAACGAGCAAUUCAAGCGCUAAGAAUGUGUCACAUGAGAAACGUCCUAAAGUUAUGAAUGAGGUGAGAAGGAAAGUUCAGGCUCUUAAGGACACAAGAGACUAUUCCUUCUUGUUAUCCGAUGACGCGGAGCUUCCUGUUCCGAAGAAGGAGCCUCUCUCUCGAAGCGGCUCAUUUCCGAGUUCCGAGGCUCGUUCUGCUCAACCAUCAGCGAGACCUAAACAAUCAUCAGGUAUCAAUGGUGGUGGUAGACCUGCUCAGGGUCCCCCUCGUGAGGAGAGGAGACCAGUUUCAGCGAAUGGGAGACCGGCUUCCUCUGGCGGUCAAAUGAAUCAUCCGAGACCGGUUCCCUCGGGAAGCCAAAUGCAAAACUCGAGACCGGCUUCCUCUGGCAGCCAGCUGAAUCAUUCAAGACCGGCUUCCUCAGGGAGACCAGCUUCUUCAGGCAGUCAGAUGCAAAACUCAAGACCGGCUUCCUCUGGUAGCCAAAUGCAGCAAAGGGCUAUGUCCUCUGCUAGUCAAAGACCAGUUUCCUCCACAAACCGUCAGGCACCAACAAGGCCACCAGGCUCUACGAUGAAUGGCCAGUCAGCUAACCAGAGUGGCCAAUCGAAUUCCAGAUUAGAGUCUCAGAGAUCAGCUCCUGCGAAAGCUCCUAUGGAAAAUAGGAGACCAAUGAGCAGCAAUGGAGUUGGUCCUGGUCGGUCAGCGUCCACGGGAAGACCUUUGCCUUCUAAGCCUUCAUUGGAGAGAAAGCCCUCCAUCUCGGCGGGGAAGAGUUCUCUUCAAAGUGCUCAGAGACCGUCCUCAUCGAGACCAAUGUCGUCUGAUCCAAGGCAACGGGUGGUGGAACAGAGAAAGGUGUCACGCGUUCCUGCGACAUCCAGGAUGAUCCCAAAACAGUCAGCGCCGAGCUCAAAACAACAGAUGAUGAGCAGGCCGGUGCCCAAGAGACCUCCUUCGCGUGAUAUGGCGGAUGAUCGAAGGCCGCUGAAGAAGAAGAAGCCUGCAAGAAUGUCAGAGGAUGAUAAAGCAUUGUUUAUGAUUAGAAACAUGUUCAAUACCGGUCGUUAUGCUGGGCGUGACGAUGAUGACAGUGACAUGGAAGCAGGCUUUGAAGAUAUCAUGAAGGAAGAGAGACGAAGUGCGAGAAUCGCAAAGGAGGAAGAUGAAAGAGAAAGACUUCUCGAAGAGGAAGAAGAAAGAAGAGAGAGACAGAGAAAGGCUCGAAAGCUUGGCCGUUAA